GUCGCGCAGCCUAGCUAUUUCUUUUCUCUGCUCCGUCGUGCAUCUGCACCCUUCCCGGCACGGCUCGCCUCGCUUGGUUCGCCCCAGACUUGGCCGAACCUCUCUUCAAAUACUUCCAACGCACAUCUUUCAAUAGUUAUACUCGCUCAAUCCAAUUCUUACCACACACGUCUGCCUCGCCGCCCUUCGGCCCUGCUAUUUCCCGGACACGCGCGCGCCCGGGUUUUGAGUUUCGACCUGCAGCCAUCACCUUUCGACCAAGCCACUACACAUCUCAGCAACCAUGGCAACAAACGGUAAUAUUAAUCAUCCCGACCAGUAUGCAGCCCCGACCACGGCAUUGGAGGCUUCCACCGGCUCCAGUGCCAAUUCCGCCAACGGCAAUAGCAACCUCCCUAAGGACGAGGUUGGUUGGUACUUUGUCGAGCAGGACUACACAACACUGAGCAAGUCUCCAGAGAAGCUUCACCUCUUUUACGGCAAGCGAUCUCAGUUUGUCUACGGCAUCGAGGCCGAGCUUACUUCGGUCGCCAUCGGCAGACAGGCAAUCCAGGAGCGCAUCAAGAACCUCGACUUCCAGGACUGCAAGGUCCGCAUCUCGAAUGUCGACUCACAGGGAUCCGCCGAGAACAUAGUUAUCCAAGUCAUUGGUGAGGUCUCCAACAAGGCGGGUGAGCCCAAGAAAUUUGUGCAGACCUUUGUGCUUGCCCAGCAGCCUUCUGGCUAUUUUGUGCUUAACGACAUCCUACGAUACAUUAACGAGGAUGUCGAGGAGGAGGCUGAGGAGGCGGCCCCGGAGUCGGCACCCGCCACCGAAGCCCCCGCCGUAGUUGAGCCCGCGGUUGAGGCCAAGUCUGAGACGCCUGCUCCGGAAGAGGUCCUCGAAGUCAAGGAGUCUACUGCUUUGGACGCCGACGCUGUUGACCAGAAGCUUGAAGAGGCCAGCUCAACCGCAAACGAGACAGCCUCGGAAGCAGCCGCCGAUGUGCCAGCUGUCGAAGCCGCUCCCGAGGUUCAGGAGGCUUCCGCCGCCAAGGAUGAGGUACUCCCAGAGCCUGAGAAGGCCGUGGAAGAGAUUGCCGAAGAGGAUGUCAAGAAGCCUGAGGACUCCCCGGCACCUAGCCCUUCCAUCAAGGACCAAGACAGCGAGUGGCAGACGGCCGAGACGAAGCGACAGGCCCGCCUUCAGCUCCCUGGUGCUGCCCCAGUGGAGAAGGAGGGCACAAUGGCGUACAUCAAGUAUGUUACUGAGAAGGUACAGGAAGAAGAUCUGAGAGCCGUGCUUGCUAGCUUUGGUGAGCUGGCGUACUUUGACAUUAAUCGGCAAAAGAACUGCGCCUUUGUCGAGUUUAAGACCCAGGCUGGGUACAGCGCUGCCGUUGCUGCCAACCCCCACACGGUGAACGGCGAGAACAUUCUCGUAGAGCAGCGGCGACCGAAGGCGAACGCGUACGGCGGUAGCAACUACAACGCUACGCGCGGAGGAGUUGCUGGCCGCGGCCGUGGUGGGUUUGACGGCAGCCGAACCAGCAGCCAGGGAACCGGUCGGGGUGGCUUCCCCGGACACGGUGGUCGGGGCCGUGGUGGAGGUAUUGGUGGGAGACGGGGUGCUCUGGCAGGUGCGGCCUAGUAACAGCCUUGCCGCCACAGCCCUUGGGUCACGAGGUCUUGGCGCUUGGCUGGAGUUAGAAAGGAGAGAAAAACAUUUGCUGGCAGCUGGAAGGUUUUCUUAGUUCGGGAAAAGCCGGGCAUUAUUUGGUUUUGCGCUUGCAGAG